AUGAAAUUCCUUAUUACAAUAUUUGCUAUCUUCUGCCUUGUUGCUGUAGCCAGUGCCACUCCACCAAAUGAAGAAUCCAACUUUGUCCAUGGAUCCUUGGCCUUGAAGCAAUUGGAACCGGAGUUACAUAACCGUUAUAAGCGUGCCACUUGUGAUUUGUUCAGCGGUUUGGGUGUCAAUCAUUCAGCCUGUGCUGCCCAUUGUCUGUUGCGUGGUAAUCGUGGUGGCUAUUGCAAUGGCCGAGGUGUUUGUGUAUGCCGUAACUAA